ACGUAACCUGUAUAACGGAUAGAGCUUUUUAUUGAAAGAUUUAGGUAAGUCAGCCCAAGUUAUAACAAACUUUUCGAUAAGUUCAAAAGUAAUGACUCAUGUGUUGUUAUAAGUAUAAGGUGUAUAUUAGGUUUUCAUCGUCUUGAAGUCAUGUUUCAAACGCGCUGUCUGAAACGAGAUACCAAGGCCAUUUUCAGUGACUCGGAAUAAUUUUGUUCAGUUUUAUAUAGAUAGAAUGGCUAAUAUAUUUAUUGCUAUGUAAACUAAACAACUCUAUCAUGUUAGGCCUGGCGGAUCCUACUACCGGUAGUUAUAAAUAUUCGUACAGGGUAGAAAUGUUUAGAGUAAUUUAGGAAGUUUUCACCCUUGUAAUCAAAAACAUUGCUUCAAGAGAGUGUCACUAUUUGUUAUCACUGACGUACUAGGAUCAUACAGACAGGCAUCUUAUAUUAUAUAUCAGAUAAAAGAGGCUGUUUCAAUAAUUAUUCUUGCUAAACAAGCGUAUGAUAUCACGUUACCUUCACCUAACUGAGCAAUGGACAGAGAAGCACAGCCUGGAAACAAUUUAUUGAGUGAAAAUGUGGACGAAUUACCGUCACCUGCCGUAGAGUUUUUAAAUCCAUUCGAUGGCAAUAUCCCGCCUGACGAAAACGCCGCUGGAGUUCCUCCUUUCCUACUCGGGCCCCCGUUAUUUGAGGGUCCGCCUUUAUUGGAAGAAGAUACCGGUGGUCGAGUUAUCUUUCAACCUCAGAUGACUACGUCAACGAUUGCACCAACGUCUGCGAGACAAUUGACUUUCAACGUGACCAGUAAUGUAACCGCCGAUUCAGACUUCAACGUAACACCGAAAUAUGAAUCUGACAUUGAAAGUUAUAGAAAUAUCACUACUGAGAGCACAAUGCAAAAUGUUUCAACGCAAGCUACGGUUGACGACGGAAUUCGCUCUCUCACUACAACAGAAAUAAUUGUUAUAUGCACUGUUGUGCCUGCAGUCGUCAUACUUUUUGUUAUGGGAAUGGCAUUAUGGUAUUUUAUCGCAUCCAAGAAAAGACGCUCAAACCGUCGAAUCGGUGUUGGAAAUGAGCCUGGACAAGAAAAUGCUGACAAUAACGUUGAAGACAGGCCACCAUCGUCUCUGUCAAAAACCUUACAUAGCAACGCACCCAAUACGGCAUCUCCAAACGGAAACGGUUCAAUAAACAAUGCAGGACUGAGGCAACAGGCUUGGGCGAUUGAAACACAGACAGUUGCAGACUGAAAAGCAAUUAGAAUUGCUAAUAUAUGUGUUCCCAAAAUUUCAAAACGAUGUCCAGACGAUGCAAUUUUGUUUUGGAUAGAAAUACGAUUUUGUCGUAAUUUUUCACUGUUUCUUUUUAAACUUGGUAUAAACUUUUCUAACAUUUUAUGACAAUGAUAAGAAUUAUUCUUAUCAAUAUUAUUACGUGAUCUAAUAUUAAAAACAGCUGGUUUACUGUUUUUACAUUCGUUUUUUUUAAAUUUUACUAUCACUACCUACUAUGUAGGUCUUGCACCAACUCAUUGAUUUUUUGUUGCAAAUCUUAAUUACCAAAGCACUGCCCACAGAAAUGCUUCAUACAUCCGUAUGUACUAGUAUUGUAUAAAUGGUAUUACCAACGAUUUUUCUCCGUAUAUGAAUCGUAGCAAGGAAUGAAUGUUAGCUGUGAUCUAUCUUCAAUUCGUGUUUGGUAGAAAUCAAAUUUGAAUAGUGUGAUCCCAAUUUUCGAUCAAGAAUUUAUAUAAUAUUCACAUGGGAAUUUUCAAACUUGAAUAAAUGAACAUAUUUAUGGAAAAAUAACAAGGAGCAGCGGCCAUUUCAAAUUUCUUUCGAAUUUCUACGUUUUGUUUGUAUUGUUAUGACUUUCUAUUGUUUGUAUGAAAUGACCACAAAACAUAAUUUUCAUUUGAAAAAAAAAAUUGUCGAAUAAUUAGUACAGCUUUUUUUUACAUUUUUAAUAAAAUAAAAGUCUGACACGAAUUUAACAAUAUAACCAUAUAUAGCUUGUCUCAAGUCCAACAACUUUUCUAAUGUCUACAAGUUGCUGUAAAGAAGAAGAGUUACGACUAACUAC